CUGCGUCGUCAUCUUGGUCUCACCAGCCAGCAAGCAGCUCUUUCUUUCAAAGCCAGCCACCAGUCCUCAUGCCUCCGCGGUAAGAGGCGUACGGCAUCGUCGUCGCUGCUGCAUCCGCCUCUUCCAGCUGCCUCUCAAGCGACUGCCACAGAAUGCGCCGACCAUGCCGCCUGUCGAGAGCACCAGAGCAGCGACGCGCUGGGUCACCCGCAUCAUCCCCAUCAUCUUAGCCGCCGCUUUCUCAUAUGCCACUUACGCCGUCGUCGCCGUUCUUUGCGUCUCGUUCUUUCUCGCACCACCAACCCGCAACACAGGCGCCGCCAUCGCCAUCCUCGUUCUCUACUUCCUCCUCUUGAUUCUUACUCUCGCUUCGUACGCACGCGUCAUCCUCACCAUCAGCUUCGACCCGGGCCUGGUGCCUCUAGGCCCCCUCGCCAUCGAGCGAAACCGCAUCGAGAAGAGCAAACCAAAGGCGGCCAAGGAGGCUGGCGGCCUUGAAAGCCGGGCCUAUUACGCUGGUCCAGAUCGGAACCCAGACAGUCCAGGCCUCGAGCUGUUCUACACAAAGGACGUCUUUGUCUGCGAGAGCGACGGCCGGCCAAAAUGGUGCUCAGAAUGCUGCAACUGGAAGACGGAUCGUGUCCAUCACUCUAGCGAGAUAGAGCGGUGCGUGCUGCGCAUGGAUCACUUUUGUCCAUGGGUAGGUGGCAUGAUCGGUCAAAACUCCUUCAAAUUCUUUGUUCAGUUCGUCUGCUACACAUGCGCUUUGUGCGGUGUGGUGCUUGGAGCCGCGGGUUUCGUCCUGCGGCAUCAGAUCCUCAACAACGAGGAGCUCGACCCUCGGGUCAUUGCCGUCAUCAUUCUUGCCGGCUUCUUCUGCUUUUUCACAUUCCUUAUGUCAACAACUUCACUGCGCUAUGUCUUGCUCAACAUGACCAAUGUCGAUAUGCUGGGUGCCACGUCCAAAGUCUACCAGCUCGCUGUGGUUGUCCCUCGCGAUGCACGACCUCCAACCACCAGCGCUCUGGCAUAUCCGACAGUCACAUACCCGCUACCUAAUUUGGAGCUCGGUCUCAACGGCGAGGCGAAUGGACCCAGCAAACAUACCCCCGCCACAUUCUCUGACGGGUCUGGAUCAACCGACCACACAUCACGAGAUGCGCUCGCAGUCCGCACCUUUGCGAUCCUGAAGACCGAACCUGGCGAGAACCCUUGGCACCUCGGGUACUGGCGGAACUGGAAGGAGGUGAUGGGAAGCAACAUCUUGGAUUGGUUUCUGCCCAUCAGCAAGUCACCGUGCAUUUCCCAUGAAAGCCAUGAGAGCUUCUAUCCCUUUGGUCCCGUGCUUGAUGACGUUUGCGCCCGGUACGGGGUAUCAAAUCCCAUACGACGGGGACACUCCGGAUCAGAGAUGCGCGAGCUGUUGUCGCGUGAAGCAGGUGGUCAGCGGACGACAUGACGAUGCCAUUUCUCCUGAUUGUUUUGCCAUCCUGGCAGGCGGGCACUGCCAGGCCAGUGGUGUGCGGCACGAUAUAUGGUUCACGAACAUAUUCUUUCCCUCUAUAACUACACGCAGCAGGAAAUCUUCUCGACUAGAAAUAAAUAUACGUAAUGUCCAGUGAAAAAAAAAAAAAAAAAAA